GAGGAUUGAUUAUAAAAAUUCUUUGCCAUGUUUCUGUCGAUAUUAUGGAUAUAAUUUGGAUUUUUUUUCGCCGUUGUCGUGACCGCUAUUUCCGUUGGAUUUCUCAACAUAAUGUGACCAACAAACAACUUUAUUUGAUCAAUUAAUCACAAGAGUUCUCAUAUUUGAAAUAGCUGUGCUGUAGUUACCUAUAUUUUCAGUAAGUUUAAUGUAGGGUGGACCACAUGGACAGCCCCUUAGUGGUCAAUGAAAAUAAGGUCAUUUUCUUCAGCCUCACUAGUGAUCUGUCACAACAUCACUCGUGAGUCUCCAUAUCCUCCUCUGUAGGUUUUUCUGUGUCCUACCAAACACACAUCAGUUUUCUGACAUGACAGUCUAUGUGUGGAGUUCACUUCACUGACGGAAGAAAGUGGAAAAUAUGUAUUUUUCUUUUAUUCUUCUCAUUUAUGUUGCCGGUGUUGCGGUAAAAGAAAGUUGUGCAGAUUUGGUUCCCACUCCCACUAUUGUAUUUUCCCCUGGGUACAUCAAUAUAGCUACACCUGCUACAGUACGAUGUGAGUCACCAAAAGGCACAGAGUGCAAAUUCUACAAAGAUCAUGACCCCAACCCUAUAAGGAAACUGGAUUACAAGCAGGGUGCUUGCCAGUUCAAGUUGCUCUGGAAUGAGUUCAAAAGGUGGAACAAGACUGAAGUAGAUCUCAGCUGUGUAAUUCUACAGAACAGAGAAGGUGAAACGAUCAAAACCUCAAAACCUAGUGAUGCUCGAAGACUUAAUGUGGGUGAUCCAAUUGGAAAGCCCAUUGUUCAGGUGUUGAAGAUUGGGAAUUACCUCAAUCUUCGAUGUGAGGCCAAGGCUGGCACCUCAUGCUACUUUUAUCUGAACAAUGGUGACUCACACUUUAAAAAACGACCCUACAAAGACAAUGUCUGUGUGGGGAGAGUGGCAGAAGAGGAACUGCAGAGGAAGAGGAGCAGUGCUGGAGAGAUCUUCAUCACCUGUGCUGUGGAGCUGGUGGUAGAGGGUGAAGAUACUGUGACAUCACAGCAUAGUGAACCCCUCGGUAUCACCAUAGAUGUUAUAAAUCCUCCAGGAGCUACUAGUUCCCCAUCAACGUUCAGUUUACCUGUUCAGAAUGAGAAAAGCAACGAUACCACAGCCCAAGGAAGAGGUCCAGGGUUCCUCGUCGUCAUCAGUCUGGGUGCUGGUUCCCUUUUCCUGAUUCUGCUAGCUGGGUCUGUGCUGUGUGUUCUCCAACGCAAGUGUGGGGUUCAAGGCAGGCCUGUAAAUACUGGAAGCCCACCUGAACAGCAAGACCAAACCCCACCUUGUGUCUAUUCUGUCAUCACAAAGCCUUCUAGGGAUGAGGAAGAGGACACUAGUCUGCAAUACGCUACAGUGACAUAUACCGGUGACCAAGCUAGUCGUCAAUAUGCAACAGUGACAUCUACCGGUAACCAAGUUGGACCUGGGCGCACCAAGAUCAAGUUUGAAAUAGCUGGAGAGUACGCCCUCUUAGCAGAAUCAUAGAAGAAGAAACAUUUACUGGAUAACAUGUUUUGCCAUAGUUCACAGUUACAAUCCUAUAUUUUGUUUUCAUAUUGGAUCAUAAUUUACUCAUAGUACAAAAACAAAUCCUGCCACAACAUCAAAGACUAAAGAUAUCUACUCAACUAUUUGCAUUUUAGGUUAAAUGAAAUAAAUGAAAAGUACACUGUCUGAAACAUAAAAUAAAUAUUUUCCUUCAUUGAGUUACCGAAUCUAGUCAGCAGUCACCAAUCAGUAGUCACCAAUCUAUUUCACUCCUUGACAAGAGUCAAUAUAGACUCAAAGCCACAAGAGGGUAGAACACAUGUCAAACUUUGCUUGUUACAUCUCUACAUCUCUCUCUCUACAUCGCUCUCUUUAACCAUGUCUGGUGUAUAUUAGUUUUCAGUGGUGGAAAAAGUACUCAACAAACAUACUUAAGUAAAAGUAAAGAUACCUUCAUAGAAAAUGACUCAAGUAAUAGUAAAAGUCACCCAGUAAAAUUCUACUUGUGUAAAAGUCUAUAAGUAUUUGAUUUAAAAUAUACUUCAGUAUCAAAAGUGAAUGUAUAACUCAUUUCAAAUUCCUUAUCUUAAGCAAACCAGAAUGCACCAUUUUCUUUUUAUUCUUCUUUUUUGCAGAAGGCCAGGGGCACACUCCAUCACUCAGCCAUCAGUUACAAACAAAUCAUGUCAGUUUAGUGAGUCUGCCAGAUCAGAGGCAGUAGGGAUGACAAGGGAUGUUCGGCUG